AUGUCCGGAGACCCACGGCCCCACCAGGACAUCCGCUAUGUCUCUGUGCUACAGGGCUCUCGAGCAUAUAUAGGAACGUUCAGCAACUGCGAUUUCGGCAAUACCGAGGAGUCUCAAAAUGCAUCAAAACAAGCAGCCAUCGCGUGUCGCAGCGCGCUCUUCCUCACCGAUCCCCACGUCGACCGCGAGAGCGUGAUCAGCGCGAAAGGCACAAGAGUUGCCGGUACGUGCGAGUGGAUCACACACAACGAGACCUACCGCGCCUGGCUAGAUAGCGAUGGCGAUGGAAAUGGCGGUGACAGUAAAGACAACAACACCCGCCUGCUGUGGAUCACGGGCGGGCCUGGCAAAGGCAAGACGAUGAUGUCUAUCUUCCUGACCGAGGAGCUAGAGGAAUACACAGCGUAUAAAGACAACACAGACCUAGUAUUCUUCUUCUGCAGCGCUGAGGACAAGAGGCGCAACACAGCUACAGCAGUACUGCGCGGGCUGGUGCACCAGAUGAUUACCAAACGCCCGCAGUUGGUUAAGCACGCGCUGCCGUACUUUGAAACACCUGAGAGGACGCAGCAGACGCUAUUGUCUUUCGAGACGCUGUGGCUUAUCUUUAGUAAACUUAUCGCGGACACGAAGCUCGGAACGAUGUUCUGCGUGCUUGACGGACUCGACGAGUGUGAGGAGAGCACGCUAAAAGUGCUGUUGCCACGGCUUAUUAGCUUGCUUACUAUCGAGAACUCGCCGUCAACCAAGGGCACGUUUAAGCUAGCGAUAGUUAGCCGAGAUCUGCUUAGAUUGCGAGGCUGCACGAUGAGGGUGAGACUAGACCCUGACAACGACGAGAAGGUAGCUAGCGAUAUUGAGCUGUUCGUGUCUACGCGAGUACAGGAGUUGUCGAAGAUCGAAGACUUUAACGAAGACUUUCGGGCAUCUGUGCAGACAGCUCUCCUCCAACGCGCCGAAGGAACGUUCCUAUGGGUAGGCUUCGCAAUGUACGAGCUGUCGCAGAAACGGACAUGUAGUGAGAUCUGGGAGGCGCUUGAGAACCUGCCAAGCGGCCUUCCGGCGAUAUACAGUCGCAUGCUGCUGCAGGUCCCAGCGAGGCAACGAGAGCAGAGCCAGGCAAUCUUGAGGUGGGUGACUGUGGCUGCUCGCCCUCUACAGCUGCAAGAGCUGGUGGCGGCAGUAGGUAUCCAGGGCACUAGAAUGACUGUCGAACAAGCAGCACGCGACGCCGUUGCUCGGUGCAGACCUCUGCUAAAGAUACAGAAGCAGGAAGUAAGUCUUGUCCACUAG